UAGUGAGGCAACCCACAAAAUAAUAACAAAUUCCCAUUUAUGUUGAAUCUUAAAAUUAAAGUGUGCAUCUAACAGUCUAAGUUAGAGAAACACCUGAAAUCUGGAGGUGAAUGGUAGUAGAUUUAGGGGAUCUGAUCUGAAAGUCACAAAACAUAAUCAAUUUUCUAUAAAAAUUCUUACAGGUAAGCAAAUACUAUCUCAUUCUACUUUUUACAUGUAAUUUGUCUGCACCUCUUUUUGGCAUCAUUUUAUUGUUAAGAUGAUCAAGACCAUUUUCAGAAAUAGAUAAAAUUGACAAGUCUAUGGAGCUUUCUGUAUGAAUAUUUUUUGAUUUUUUAUAUAGAUGUUAUGAGCUCAAUUAGAUCAUAUGCUGAUCACAGUUUUUGGUUACAAAGUUAGAUUUUAAUGCAGCAAUUUGCCUAUGGAGAGCUGUCUUAUGACAUAUUCGGGUUUAUUAUUUGGAAAUUUUCUUAUCUGCUUUGUAAUCUUCAUGAUUAUACUCUGUUAUGGUGCAUUUUGCUUGCUGUUGGGUGUGGGUACAUUGACUGAGCCUAUUAGUUUCAUAGGAUUGUCCUAGUAUAACUUACGGGAAGUGCUAGGUCGUCAUGCAUUAAUUUAGUCUAAAAAGCUAGAUUUUUUGUGAUAGCAAGACCUAUUUUGUUAGGAUCUAAGAAAAGUGAGCAAGAAAUGUAUCCUCAUUCUUUGUUUAACUUGUACUUGUUAUGGUUUUCAGGGAAUGUUUAUUUUACUUUUUUUUUUUUUGCUUGCACAAUUUAUCUUUUGGAUUUAUUUCAGUGGAUUGAAGAGCCAACACUUUUGGUCACACGUUAUGAAUAUGCAAACGUGUUUCACACGGUGACUGACUGGUAUAGUGCGUAUGUUGCUUCUAGGGUCACUGGUUUGCCUAAUCGACCUCAUUUGGUUUUUGUAGAUGGCCACUGUGAGACUCAGUUGGAAGAAAUGUGGAGGGCAUUGUUCUCAAGCCUUAAUUACGCUAAAAAUUUUAGUGGUCCAGUUUGUUUCCGCCAUGCAAUCCUCUCCCCAUUGGGGUAUGAAACUGCUCUAUUCGGGGGACUAACUGAAAACAUAAACUGCCAUGGAGCUUCUGCACAUGAUCUGUGGCAAAAUCCAGAUGAUCGGAAAACUGCUCGACUGUCUGAGUUUGGGGAGAUGAUAAGAGCAGCCUUUGGUUUGCCACUGGAUAGACACCACAUCCCUAAGCCAGUCUCUGGUCAUAACAUCCUCUUUGUACGACGUGAGGAUUAUCUAGCUCAUCCACGUCAUGGUGGCAAGGUACAAACAAGACUUAGCAAUGAACAAGUAGUUUUCGAUUCUGUCAAGAACUGGGCUUCAAAGCAUUUGGACUGUAAAUUAAAUAUAAUCAAUGGACUGUUUGCACACAUGCCCAUGAAAGAACAAGUUCGAGCCAUCCAAGAUGCUUCAGUCAUCAUCGGUGCUCAUGGUGCAGGGCUAACUCACAUAGUUUCUGCAACACCCGGAACAGUGAUUUUAGAGAUAAUAAGUAGUGAAUACAGACGUCCGCAUUUUGAACUUAUUGCCGGAUGGAAAGGGCUGGAGUACCAUCCCAUAUAUCUCGGUGGGUCUUAUGCUGAUCCUCCUGUAGUGCUUGACAAGCUCAAAAGCAUUUUGAGGAGCUUUGGAUGCUGAAUCUGCUAACCCCCUCCCGAACUCUCAGUUUUCCUCUGAUUGAUGUAGAAAGUGUGACAGUUUCACAGCUAAAUUGAAGGCGUAAAUGCCAGUUCUCGAACAAGUACAGAAUUCACCAAAGUGAUUGCUUUGACAAUGGACAGCCAGGGCUGUUGAUGAGAAGCACGAAGAAGGCCCCUUGAUUACAAAUAUUACUCAGUGCGAGGGAUGGCAUCUGGUUUAUGGCUAUUAGAGAUUUUACACUUGAGGUUUAUAUAGAUGAUAACAUGGGGCUAAUAUACUUCUAAAGAUCUUUGUUUAUCUUCUUGCCAUUUUUUUAAGCGGGGGAGUCGAAUUGUGUUUUUUAUUUGACAGACACUUUCACAUGUUAAAACAGCCAUUCUUUCGACGAUGAACACUCAAUUUUCACUGUAACUUUUAUAGUUAAUUCUUUCAAACACCCUUGGGAUGAUUUCCACGAAUUUUGUGCAAUGAAAUUGUUGGUUGUAUACAGGAUGCAUCUCAAGAAACGUCUUUAGUUGAA